AUGUUCGCCCUCGCAAGACGCUCCUUGCCUCGAUGGGCCGUGGGAUCUUUGCCCUCGGCGAAUGCCUCUCAAAUGGCAAUUGCCAGACAUCGGUUACAGUCAACUCUAGCGAUCCUGGAACAACGCGAUGGAGUACUCAACCUGGGGUCGCUGAAUGCAUUUACCGCAGCUCAGAAGCUUGGCGGGGAAAUCCAUGGCUUUAUCGCUGGUAGCAAUGUUGCGGCCGCGGCCCAAGAAGCUGCAAAGGUUGAAGGCAUUGAUCAAAUCAUCAAGGUUCAGAGCAGUGCCUACGAGAAGGGCCUCCCAGAAACUUACGCUCCUUUACUGGUAGAGAAUAUUAAAAAGGGAAACUAUACCCAUGUUGUUGCUGGACACACCGCGUUUGGAAAAAACCUUCUGCCCAGAGUCGCUGCCUUAUUAGAUUCGCAACAAAUAUCUGAUGUUACAGGCAUCGAAACUGACAAGACCUUUGUACGACCUAUAUAUGCUGGGAAUGCCAUUGCCACUGUUGAAUCGUCGGACUCGGUGAAGGUCAUCACUAUUCGAGGAACUGCUUUCGCCGCCGCCAUACCUGGGGCAGGCAAAGCUGCGAUUGUGGACGGUGUUGACCCACAAGUCAGUACUUCCGCGGAAUGGGUUUCGGAGGAUUUGGCAAAGUCAGAUAGACCAGAUCUGGGGACGGCCUCGAAGGUUGUCUCCGGUGGCCGUGGGCUGAAGUCGAAGGAAGAUUUUGACAAGGUCAUGUUGCCUCUCGCCGAUGCGCUAGGUGCUGCAGUAGGCGCAUCGCGUGCGGCCGUUGACAGUGGAUAUGCGGACAACAGCCUUCAAGUUGGCCAAACUGGUAAGGUUGUGGCUCCGGAGCUGUACCUGGCUGUUGGAAUAUCGGGUGCCAUCCAACAUUUAGCUGGUAUGAAGGAUAGCAAGGUCAUUGCUGCGAUUAACAAAGAUGCCGACGCUCCGAUCUUCCAGGUUGCAGAUGUUGGCCUAGUUGGCGAUCUUUUUGAGAAGGUCCCAGAAUUGACCGAAAAGGUGAAGAAUGGUUGA